CAAUUCUGUACCCACACGGGCUACCAAGUCUGGCUGACAAGGGACCCUUAAACAGUCGCUGAAGCAAGUCAUUUGUGUUUCUGCUGCUCAAAAGAUCGUCGCCCUUCUCCAGACAAUUAACUUGCAUGGUGCUGUAUUGGUUUUCUUGGCACCGCUGACCUAUCGAAGCUGGUCCCUCGGAGACGUUUUGUUCAGCUCAAUACUGAGACACUUGGAGCGCCAACGAUCUCUAAUCCGCGUACGUCGGUACCCAGGCUCCGGUCGCGCUUCUACAAGGGUAAUUAAGUUAAUCUUCGAAGGGCUCUGCCAAGUGAAGCCAAGCGUGCCUUAGCCAAGGGUCCGUCAGCUCAAAGCAAUUCAUCGUUGCGGCGCGCGCUUGGCACAGCACACAGUCCUUCUUUAAACCGCCUGCCACACAGUUUUGCGAUGGCAUCCCACACCCAUUCAUUCAUUCAUUCAUAGCUCGCGGCCUGCUCUGAUUCUGACUUGACAACGGCAUAUUCUGUUUCUCUAUUCUUGCUGUACUCCCGCUGAAUGGAAGCACGGCCAUGAGAAUUGCAAUCCUCUCCUCUUCCUUUCUGGACCUUGCUUGUCCGCAAUCCCAGUAAUUGUCUUGUAAUUUGCCCAUCGGGCUCUUUUGGAUCAGUUUGCCCGAAAGGAGUUCUCAGACCACCCCCUCUGAACUGAACCGAACUGGAACUUUUGCGACUGCUGCUCAUCCCCGUCGCGAAUCAUGUCUAUUCUCUCGAGAUAUCCUUUGCGCCAAAACCGCGGGUUUUUGGGCUCUGACAGUUCUGCUCUGCCAUCGCAGGAUGCACAGGUAAGUCAAUGCGUCUCUCGUUGAUCGUUUGCCUACCUACCUACAUAUCUAUCCAUCAAGCGUGGCCAUCAGUGUGCCACGUACAUAAGGCUCCCUCCUGUAUCUCGAUGAUCCUGAUGUUGUGGACUAACAGCGGUUCUGGCAUAACAGGAUCGUCAACAAUUACGCUACGAGCUUGAUUUAAACUCAUGGAACUUUCGCAUCUGGGGUGUUUGCGCCUCUGGCUUUUUAACAGAUUCCUAUAAUCUUUUCUCAACAAAUGUAAUCCUCGCUUCUAUCGCAUUUGUAUACUGGCCCAAUGGUCCGGAAUGGUCGGGUCUACUGAUUAACUUCUUUACGCUCUUGGGAUCCGUCGUUGGUCAGAUCCUCUUUGGCUACCUUGCGGAUCGCUAUGGUCGAACUCGCCUCUAUGGCGUUGAGCUCGUCCUGGUUAUUGUUUCUACGAUUGGAGUCGCCACGAGCAGCCAUGGCUACAAUGAUCUUUCUUUUCUCGGCCUGUUCAUCUGGUGGCGUUUUGUCAUGGGCAUUGGUGCGUGAAUCCUGAGCAACCUCUGGCUUCCAACCAUGAAUGACAAAACUUGGAUGCUAACAAACACCAUAGGAAUCGGAGCCGAAUACCCGCUCAGCGCUGUAAUCACGUCGGAAUGGUCCAGUACACAAUCUCGCGCUACUAUGCUCUCGUCCGUUUUCAUGAUGCAGCCCAUCGGCCAGGCACUGGCCCAGUUGGUCGGUCUGUUUGUCCUCCUCGGCUUCGAGCGAAGUCACAACCUCCAAGGAAUGCGUUGCGGACUCGAUAGGUUGCAUGAAGAGGAAUGCAAAAAGGCAUUGGACGGCGUCUGGCGCAUUGUGAUCGGGUCAGGUGCCGUCCCUGCACUACUAGCCAUCAUCUUCCGCUUCUUCCUGUUCGACUGUGGUAUUUACAGCCUUGAGGUCAGGAAUAAGCCGAGGAUGGCUCUAGCAAAUACUCAAAGAAUCUACGGUGCUCCGCAAGGUGCUGGGUUAGAAGCCUUCCCCAGCGGAGGUGUCAACGGGCGCUCUAUGAGUGGCGGUGUUGGCGGACAAAACUCGUUCCCGAUGAGCCAAUUCGUUCAAAAUCAAGCACCGACAACAUAUCAGACUACCUCGCCCGAUGGGAACCAUGUUGCACCUUCAUAUCGCACAAAUGGUCUUGGAGAUGGUAUGCAUCUUGCUAGUAGCUCGCAGCAGCCGAUGCCGGUGCAGUUUUCGAGAGAGGACCUCCACAACUACUUCAUCCGCGAUGGGAACUGGGCAUAUCUACUGGGCACGGCGGCAACAUGGUUUUUCUUGGACGUUUCGUUCUAUGGCAUGAGCCUCGAUAAUAGAGGCACUCUGUCGACGAUGUGGGCGACUACCACGCCGACCAAGAUUGACGACUCCCUCGAGUGUUGGACAUCAUCACUUCGCGGGGGAAAUUCGACAGUACCGGAUUGGGCCACCGAUGGACUUCCAGUUUGGUCGACCGACGCAACGCACCCCUGCAACACCAUCUACGACGUGCUUAUCGAGCAAACAAAGCAAUAUCUCUUGACCGUCUCGCUUGCAUCGAUUGCAGGCAGCGCUUGCUUCGUCAUAUUUGCCAACCGCAUCCCUCGACGUCAGUGGCUCACGGCAUCCUUCCUCGUUCUAGCUGGGUUCUUCGUCAUCACUGGAUGCGUCUACUAUGGCGUCCAUCAACAAAAAGGUGCCCCGGCCACAGUGGUGUUUGUAGCCAUCUGUCACUUCAUGUUCAACUUUGGCGCCAACACAUUAACAUUUAUCAUACCAGCCGAAAUCUUCCCGACCUGCUAUCGUUGUCUGUGCCACGGAAUCUCAGCUGCUGCAGGGAAGCUAGGCAGUCUCGUUGCUGUUCUGGUGGUGUACGGAAUAAACCAGUCAUAUCAAGCAGAAAACAGGCAAGGACUCAUCUUUCUCCUAUUUGGGUCUGUGGCUGCUGUGGGUGCCAUCUUCUCCUGGGCAUACCUACCUGAUUCCCAACGUCGCGUCGAGUACGAUGGUAAGAGUUACCUCGAGUCCAAAACGCUCGAGGAGCUUGGUGAAGGAAGAGUCAAAGCACGACUUGGGGGCGAGCUAGUGACGAUAGAGGAGAAGUGGGAUGCUAUCAAGAGGAGGAAGAGAGGGUCCAUGAGAAGCGAUCCCUCUGUGCCAGAUGGUACUAUAUAGAGGCCUCAUGGCAAUUUGAACUGUAAUUAUCACAUAUUUGCGGCGCUAUGCGCCCUCGCCAGGCGCUAUGCUUUCCAUAUAAAUAUUCAUAAUGAAAUAGAUACCCCUUAACCGCAACCGGAAUACGCCUGGAAAAGGUACAUCCUACUGCUCCGGUCGAUAUUUCAUACCAAUCUUUCCAAUGUACCGGGAAUUUCAGGCAUUGCUAGGGGCUCACUAUCGAUGUGUAGCCUCUUGAAUUUGAUGGCGCCCAUGUUGUUUUAUCAAGGCAUCUAGUGUCUCACUGUAUAACACGUGGUUGCUGGUUGUGGCUCGCACGCUCCUAUCUCCCUCGAUAGCAUCCAGCCAUCGCGCCCAGCGUGAUCCAGGCGGGGAAGACGGUAUAUUCCCAGGGAUCGGAGUCCUAUAGAAUCGAAGAGCAAAAGGUGCUAGAUGUAUAUCGACCAGAGACAUGCUUCGCCCAAGAAAAUACGGGCCCUAU